AUGGCAUCUCUUACUCCAGGAAUACUAUUAAAGGUUCUUAAAAAUAUUAACUCAGAUGUGAAAGUAUGUGGAGAAUACCGGUCCAUACUUCUCCAAGUUAUUAGCAUAGUCCCUGCAAUCACUGGUUCAGAACUUUGGCUAGACCAUGGUUUCUUCAUCAGAGUUUCAGAUUCUUCACACUCAACAUAUGUUUCCUUGUCCAAGGAGGACAACGAACUCAUCUUGUCAAACAAACUACAACUCGAACAGUUCAUAUAUGUUGAGAAGGUGCAGUCAAGUAUCCCUGUCCCAGUUCUUGUAGGGGUCCACCCAGUUCCAGGAAGGAACCCUUGCAUUGGAAACCCAAAGGAUUUGAUGCAAAUGUCAACUCCCUUUGGGAUUACGGAAGCACCGGAUCAUCAAUGGAGGACUUCCAAGUCAGCUGAUAUGUCUGAAAGUGAAAAGGAAAAUUUGCAGAGGAAGGUAAUUAUCGAAGAGCAGAAGACAGUUGUUGCUUCCCGUUACAUGCUUGGGGUAUCAAGCAAUAACGGGAAAAUUACCAGUAUCAACUCCAGUAUUGAUAGUGACAAAAGUAAUGGAGGAAGCACCAUAUCUGAACCAAAUAAAAAAUCUAUUGCCUCGAAAGUCAGACAAGAGGCAAAACCUCAGGAACAGCCAAAUAAUACAUCUACUGGUAAUACUAAGUUAGUUUCCACAAAGCAAGAAAUUAGCAAGGACACACGCAAGAAUGGUGGCGCUUCACCUAGGUUAUAG